UCAUUCUUGCUGGCUACUGGAGCGGCGCGGGUACCGGCAAGAUGGGCAAGUGCCGCGGGCUCCGCACGGCCCGGAAGCUGCGCAGCCACCGGCGGGACCAGAAGUGGCACGACAAGCAAUAUAAGAAGGCCCACCUGGGCACGGCGCUCAAGGCCAACCCCUUCGGGGGCGCUUCGCACGCCAAAGGCAUCGUCCUGGAGAAAGUGGGUGUGGAGGCUAAGCAGCCCAAUUCUGCCAUCAGGAAGUGUGUGAGAGUCCAGCUGAUCAAGAACGGCAAGAAAAUCACAGCCUUUGUUCCAAAUGAUGGCUGCUUGAACUUUAUUGAGGAAAAUGAUGAAGUGUUAGUGGCUGGCUUUGGCCGAAAGGGCCAUGCUGUCGGUGAUAUUCCUGGAGUCCGCUUCAAAGUUGUAAAAGUAGCCAACGUUUCUCUUCUGGCCUUGUACAAAGGCAAGAAGGAAAGACCAAGAUCAUAAAGUGAUUCUUACAAUAAAUUUUUUCAUUUAAAGAG